GGAUCUUGCUUGAAAAUUGCUAUAUAUAGCCACCCUAUCUGAUCUCAACAUAAACAAUUAAACAUUAGCCCUACACAAAAGUUAAAGCAAUUGCCAUUCCGGCCACCACCACGAGCUAAACCCUAGCUAGUCUCUCUCACUGCUCUUUAUCUCUUAAAAUGUGGAGCUCGUUGAAUGCUUCUUUGAAAGAAGUACUGUUUGACGCCAUAGUAGGCCUGAAGGGAUCGAACAAAAGCACAAGUUUCAUACAUGUAGAUGAUCUGAGCAAGAACCCAUCAAGAAAGAAAGUAAAGAAAGGUGAUCUCUUGGCAAGUAAUUAUAAAGAGCCACUGCUUUGCAAAGAAGAAGAUAAUGUUUAUAAGAAGAAGAAUCUGGAGAAGAGAAGCUAUGGGGGAGAAGAAUUAUUGGAAAACGGUGUGAUUAGAGUGAAAGUGAAGAUGACAAAACAAGAAGCAGCUCGUCUAAUGUCAAAGUGUAAAGAUGGUGGAAUUCUUUCGUUCAGAGAUGUAGCUCAUGAACUGUUAGAAAUUCCUGUAAAUCGUGUUAGAGUUGUGCCUUCUUGCUCUGCUGGUCCUGCCCGUGGUGGUGUGCUUAAGACAAUUCCUGAAGAGAUCUAGAUGAUAAAUUAUAAUUAAGAUCAUGAAUUUCCUUAUUAAUUUGUUAGUUUUUCAGAUACUAGCUACUAUAUGCAGCUAAUUACAAGCUGAACUGUCAGCAGUUAUCAUGUACAUCUUGCAAUGUUGUAAUAUAAAUAUUCAGUUUUUUGCAGUUA